CGGCGGCCUGGCGCUCCGUGGUCCCGGCUCGCGUGGCGGCGGCGGCCUCUCCCCGCGGAGCUGCGCGCGGCCAUGACGUCAGCGUCCACCAAGGUCGGGGAGAUCUUCUCGGCGGCGGGCGCCGCCUUCACGAAGCUCGGGGAGCUGACGAUGCAGCUGCAUCCCGUGGCCGACUCCUCGCCCGCGGGAGCCAAGUGGACGGAGACCGAGAUAGAGAUGCUGAGGGCAGCUGUCAAACGAUUUGGGGAUGACCUUAAUCACAUCAGCUGUGUCAUCAAGGAACGGACAGUGGCUCAGAUCAAGGCCACGGUGAAACGCAAGGUCUACGAAGACUCUGGCAUUGCCCUCCCAGUAGAAUCCCCCAAGAAAGGGCCCAAGAAAGUGGCCUGUGGCAUGCUGUCGCCUCCUCCGACUGCCCCUCCACCCAGCAGUGGCAAUGUCUCUGAGACCAGUGCUCCCCCCGUAAAGAAACAGAAGGCUGAUGUGCCCCUCAGUACCCUGAACGACUCGGACGCCAACAGUGACCUGGUGGACAUUGAAGGGCCGGGAGAAACACCUCCAGCCAAGAAACUCAACUUCCACCAGGACAGCCUGACCCUGGGCUCUGGCCGUGCACAGACUUAUGCUGAAGCUCCCUUACUCUCCUGCUGACCUUCCACCUCUUCACCCCCUCACCAUUCACCUGCACCUGUGGACUGCCGGCCGGGGACUUGGGGCAAAGCCUGCCCGGGCGGGAGGCAGAGGCUGCCGGGAGCUGUCCGCCCACCCAGCCUCUAGCCCCCUCGCCCUCCAUCUGAUGGACAGUUUAUAUAUAUAUAUAUAUAUAUACAGAACACAAUAAAGAUGUGCCCCUUGGCUUGA